AUGGAUCUUAUGGGCAAGCACCAAGUGGUGGAUUUUACGAACAAGGACCUAUUAGUCAUGAUUAUAGUCAAGGACCGGGUGCCAGGGGUUACGGUCAAGGACACACUGCCGGGAGUUACUUCCAAGGACACACUGCCGGGGGUUACGGACAAGGCCCCCAUGCCCCCAUAUGUGGUGCUCAAGUCCAAGGGGAGAAAAGAAGAAUGCAAGGGGAGCAAACGAACUAUGAAUACAUCGGACAGACAGGAGCUGACCAAGGAAGAUAUAAGUGAUGUGUCACUUGAGGUAAUUCAAAGAGGGAUCAAAGAAGGGCUUAUGACUCAUUACUUGCCAUGUUUCUUCUGA